UUGACAGCGCUUUGUUUAUUUUGUUUGCAACUGCAUCGCAAAUACUUUCGUUCGGAUUGAUUUAUUAUUAUUGAGUGUUAAUUUUGUUGUUAUCGUCUGUAGAAAGAACUUUGAACCAAUCACGAGUUAUCACUCCACUUCGUAACUGUACCGGACCGAGUAGCACUUCGAUAAUGUGGCCCUUGACGCGCAUUCCACUCAGGAUGACCGUGUUUCGCCAUCGAGCCGGGUUUAUUAGGCAGCUGUGUUCCAGCAUGGAACCAUCCCAAGCUGCAACAGAUCAAUCAAACACAACAAAGACAGAUGAACCGUCCAUCCUGGUGGAGAAGGAGGGUAACAUUACCAUGAUCGGGCUGAACAAACCACACAUACGGAAUGCGAUCGAUUCUGAAAUGGGUCGGCAGCUGACGGCAGCCAUUGAAGCCUUCGAGCAGGACUCGACGGCCUCAGUGGGAAUUCUCCAUGGACUCGGUGGUUCAUUCUGUUCCGGAUACGAUCUUUCGGAGCUGGCCAACCCAGAUGUGAAACCACAAUCCGUCAUUCUGCAGAGAGGUGGCGUUAUGGGACCCACUCGGCGCAACUUCAAGAAGCCUAUGAUUUGUGCAAUAACCGGAUACUGUGUAGCUGGUGGCAUGGAACUGGCUUUGAUGUGCGAUUUGCGAGUCAUGGAAGAGCUGGCCGUGAUGGGUUUCUACAAUCGACGGUUCGGUGUUCCGCUCGUCGACGGAGGAAGCGUUCGGCUACCGGCACUGAUUGGUAUUUCUCGUGCCAUGGAUUUGGUUCUGACGGGUCGAGGGGUUCGCGCCAAAGAAGCGUUGGAUAUUGGGCUGGUUAAUCGGGUUGUCGCAGUGGGAACUGGUUUGGGUCAAGCGUAUAACCUGGCGAUGAGCAUAGCAAAGUAUCCUCAGAUGUGCUUGAACCACGACAGGAAUUCGAUGUACUACGCCACCUACCAAGCCAAAUCGCUAGAGGACGCAAUGGAGUUCGAACUGCUGACGGCAAGCGAGGAGCUUUUGAAGGAGGCUGUCUAUGGAGCUGAGCAGUUCAAGCAAGGUGUUGGAAAAGGUGGCAAGUUCCAUGAUAUCAAAAAGAAGUCCCUUCCAGAUUGGGAAUUGCAGGAAAUAGCCCAUGAGAUAAAUGAGAUGCCGAAGCCGAAGUCCAAAAUGUGAAGGGAUGAAGAGUGGUGAGUCUUGUUUUGUAUGUGAAUGUAAAUAUACAUUUUAAUUGUUUCAACUGAAUAA